GUAGUGUACUUGUUGUAGUUGUAACUCAUGUCAUAGCCAACAACCGAGCCAAAUCAAAACUACCAAGUCCACCAUUAUAUUCUUCACAAGAUGGAGCGGUUUAACAAACAUCACUUCUCAUUGCAUACAUUACCUUGUUUUACACACCUUUUGUCUCACAUCAACACCUUGUAUUGGCUCAUAACAAUAUCCUCUUAUGGGAAACCAUAUCUCAUUUCAUGCCACAACCAAAAUCAUUUACUAUGAUGGUUCAGUUCAAGAAUUUGAUCAACCAAUAACAGUAGCAGAGCUUAUGUUAGAUCACCCAAAACAUGUUGUUGUUGAGUUUCAUUCAGCAAUGAACCAGAAAAAACCAACACCUUUACCAGCUGACAAGAACCUAGAAAUGAACAAAAAAUAUGUCAUGGUUCCAAUGAAACCAGGGAAGCCUGUCGGAUUAAGCGCCGAAGAUUGUAGUCGAAUUCUUUCGAUCGCUAACUCAGCUCUUAAUACCAAUAAUUAUCUCAUGAGCUCUCAAGGCUUUGUUCCUUGGCUUGUAAGGUUUUUGAAGAAAAAGAAAGUUGAAAUUGGAGAAGUUGAAACUAGUUUGCAGAUAAAUGAAGAAGAGAGGUUUAAUUUUUGUGAGUUUUUGCCAGAAAUGAUGGAGGAAAGAGCAGAGUAUUUGAAUUUGAGUAGGCAAUUAUCAGGGAAAGGGUGGAAGCCUAGCUUGGAUACAAUUAAGGAAAAGAAGGUUAAGAGAAAGAUAUCUGGUUGGUUAUUCCUUACAAGUUUUAUUGGUGCAAAGAUUUGAUCAAUAAUAUGGUCAAAUUAGUGAAAGUUGUUGGUUUAAGUUGGUUUUAAUUGUUAGUUAUGUUAUAUUGGCACUUCUGUUUUUUUUCACUUUCUUCUCUGUAUAUCUCUAAUGAGCCACAGCUUAAUUUAAUCACUUGUGACAACACUAUUUCUA